AUGAGUAAUUGGUACACAGAAUUUGUUCGUGUAAAUCCGAAUGCUCAACGUCCUCCACCCCCUCCUAUUCCUCAAUCGGUCCCCGUAGCUCCACAAAGUGUUGAUUUGGUAAGAUCAAGUAAACCUCCCGUUGACAAAAUUCGAAAGCAUGGGGCUGAAGAUUUCAGGGCUAAUGUUGGUGAUGAUCUAGAAAAAGCAGAGUUUUGGCUGGAAAACACUAUUCGGGUAUUUGAUGAACUAUCUUGUACUUCUGAUGAAUGUUUGAAAUGUGUUGUGUCUUUAUUGAAGGAUUCGGCAUACCAUUGGUGGAAAACAUUAAUAUCAGUGGUUCCGAAAGAAAGAGUUACUUGGGACUUCUUCCAGGAGGAAUUCAAAAAGAAAUAUAUAAGCCAACGAUUUAUUGAUCAGAAACGCAAUGAGUUUCUUGAGUUGAAACAGGGUCGGAUGUCUGUGGUAGAAUAUGAAAGGGAGUUUGUUAGGCUCAGCAAGUAUGCCCAGGAAUGUGUGCCCACGGAGGCCAUUAUGUGUAAAAGAUUUGAAGAGGGGUUAAAUGAAGAUAUCAGAUUGUACGUUGGGGUUUUAAAGUUGAAAGAAUUUGUAGUACUAGUUGACCGAGCCUGUAAAGCUGAAGAACUGAGUAAAGAAAAGAGAAAAGGGGAGAUUGAAGCUCGAGAUGUAAGAAAAAGAUCAAUGAGCAGGACAUUUCAAUCCCAUCCAAAGAAGCUUAAAGGGAUGGAUCCGCGAUCAACUGGUUCAGCUGGGUAUUCACGUAGAGAUCGAGGGAAACCAUACCCCGGAGCUAAAACUCAAACUACCUCGAUGGCAAGUGUGGGCAAUGUGGGGAAUACUAGACCUGAGUGUCAACAGUGUGGCAGGCGACAUGCUGGAGAGUGUUGGGGAUUUAGACGAGCCUGUUUCAGGUGUGGUUCUUAA